AUGCUCCGCGUUUGGCAGAUAUCUGGUGUAGAGCUGGCAGCCAUACCUGCAGAGGAGCUGAGUGAUGUUCUGGCCCUGAAGCAGCAACUGCGUGUGAGGAAGGGCUUGCCCAUCUGCCUUCAAGAACUUCUCCAUGAUGGCAUCCGGUUACAGGAUUCCAGCAAGCUGGGUGCCCCUAUGGAUGUACAGCUGGUCUUGCUAUCCCUUGCCAAAGGGCUGGAGGCUGCACAGGAACUUAGGGAGGCUGCGACCAAGGGGGAGAUCGAGGUAGUACGCUUGCUGUUGAGGGCUAGCACGGACAAAGACUCUACAAAUGAGUUAGGCAUACGAGCUCUUUUGUGGGCAUCUUCCAACGGCCAUGUGCAGACAGUGCGGCUUUUGCUAGAGUCCGGUGCAGCUCAAGGCUUUACGGCCCGCGAGGUGGGCAAGACAGCUCUGACAUGGGCCUGCAUGAAUGGCCAUGGGGGGGUGGCACGCUUGCUACUGGAAGCCGGUGCUGACAAAGAUUCGAUGGACUGGCAGCGCAAGACAGCCCUAAUCUGGGCGUCUGGCAACGGGCAUGUUGAUGUAGUGAGCUUGCUGUUGGAAUCUGGUGCGGCUAUGGACCUGAUCGACCAAGAAGGCAGCACAGCCCUCCACCGAGCAGCAACCAACGGCCACACUGAGGUCGUGCGCCUGCUGCUAGAAGCUCGGAUUAGUGGCUACCCACAGGCUCCUUCGUAG